AUGUCACCUUUGCGUCGGAAGUUUGCACUUACAGCAUUCUGCUUACUGAGUGGGCAAGCUGCACACGCAGCAUCGCUCGUCAAUCUGCAGGAUCUGGUAGUCGAUCUAGGCUAUGGCAUCUACCAGGGCGCUUACAACUCAACUACACAUCUCAAUAUCUGGAAAGGCAUUCGCUACGCAGCACCCCCAGUUGGUGACCUCCGCUGGCGAGCACCAGCGGCCCCCGUUGUCUCUUCAAAUAACAUAGUGGACGCUAUCGAAUUUGCACCAGGAUGUCCUCAAGCCGCUCCUGCGCCAUUUCCAGUUAUCCCGGCGCCAUCUGGUAGUGAAGAUUGCUUAUUUCUCAACGUGUAUGCGCCUAGGCGCAAGGAGAAAGCUAAGCUUCCAGUGCUUGUCUGGGUCCAUGGAGGUGGUUACGGGUUUGGAAACGGGCAGCAGGACAUGACUGAGAUCAUCAACGAUAAUGAUAACAGUUUUAUUGCUGUCUCUAUCCAAUAUAGACUCGGUGCCUUCGGAUUUCUCUCGUCGACUGAGAUCCAGCAGAAUAGCGCUCUCAACGCUGGUAUCCUCGAUAUGGCUUUCGCCCUGCAAUGGGUGCAGGAUCACAUUGAUCGAUUUGGAGGUGACAAGUCACGAGUCACUGUUGCUGGUCAAAGUGCUGGUGCUGGUGGUGUGAUGCUACUUGGUAUCGCGAAGAAUGGUACCCUAGGUACUUCAAUAUUCAGCAACAUUAUUGCUGCCUCGCCCUAUCUUCCACCACAGCACAAAUUCGAUGCUUCAGCCCCAACACGACAGUAUGAGAGCUUUUCCACUCGCGCUGGAUGUGCGAACUCAACCGAGACAUUAUCCUGUCUGCGCAACAAGGACUACCUCACACUACAGAUCGCAAACUCAGACGUGAACGCUGCCAAUCUUUAUGGUCAUUGGGCAUUCGCUCCCGUUACAGAACCAGAAUCUAGUUUCAUCAACACCCAUCCAAGCGAUUCUCUUGCGGCAGGACUCGUCAAUGGCGAGCACAUACUCGUCGGCAACAACGCGAACGAAGGUCCUCUCUUUGUCCCCACGAUUGAUAGUACCAAAGCCCUUCAAACAUGGUUGCAAGAUGCCUUUCCUUCGGUUGCCUCAACAGACUUCGAAGCUAUCCUCGCCGCCUAUCCGCCUUCUAAUCUGACAAACAACGAUACGUUCGCAACCACGGGCCUCGGCCCAGCGACAGCCAUGGACACCAGCUCAUUUGCCUCAGGCAUACAACAGCGCGCCUACAACAUCUACGCCGAAGCGACCUUUGUGUGUCCGUCAUAUUGGCUUAGUGGAGCCUUUACAACAGAAAAUCGCACCGCAUUCCACUACCAGUACUCUGUGCCCGGCGCGCUACAUGGCAGCGAUGUGACCGCAUAUUUCGGCCCUGCAACGCCCAGCCAGCCACGUUCCUUCACUACCGUUUUCAGACAGAUUUGGGGCCAUUUUGUCACGGCAGCGAACCCAGCUACUGCGAAGGGUCUCACGAAUCUCACGUGGCCGACAUGGGCAAAAGAUGGACAUGGCAAGAUGCUUAACCUCAACAUCACAGGCGGUGUGCCUUAUUCUGCCCCACAAUUGACAGGAACUACUAUCGCAGAGUAUACAGACCCUGGGCUGCAAAAUCAUUUUACCGUUGUCAACGCGCUAGAGUGGGAAGGCAAUAGAGGUGCGAGAUGUGAGCUUUGGAGAGGUAUUGCUUGUAAGGAGGUGGAGAGAAACUGA